CGCUUUGAUUUAAAACACUACAAACCAGAGGAGAUUAAAAUUACAUCUGAUAACCAGCGGCUGACGGUCCAUGCAAAACAUGAAGAGAAUCAGAACAAUCACGGCUUUGUGUCUCGUGAGAUCUGCAGGGUGUACACAAGCGUUCCCGGGGGUAAGCAGAACAGUUGA